AAAUAUUCAAUGGUCUCCCGUGUUACCUUAAUUUGAAACUUUUCUAUUCAUGAGAUAAAUAAUAAGAACAAUAAAAAAAACGGAAAUCGACCCAGCAACGAAAUGAGGUCUUUGAUUCCUCGAACAAAUGAUCCGUAUUAUCAUAACAAGUUGGAAAAAAUGCAGCGGCAGCGUCUUAUGAGCUUAUCACGUGUCGCAACGUCACAACAUAAUAAUAAUUAACACAAGUCAUUUCGGUAUUGAUACGUUAUUUCCAUGGAUUUAUUUUGUUGCGGACUGCACAGUGAUAUUUCUCGAGCACACGAACAACCGUUAUUUUUGCACGAGACCACUUUUUUUGUGCCAUGAGCCAAAUUGGGUGGCAACAACCAGAUCACAAUAUUUCCAUGCUUUGCACGAAAUCUUUUCUGUAGCAUUCAGAAAUAUUUUCGGAGGAACGAAUGAAAGACGUCAUUAUUGAUAAACUUACUCGAUCGAGAGGCGUAGCUGUUUUAUUUGUAACGGAAUGGGGCAUGUAAAACAUGUGUUUCGAAAUCCGGUUAUCAGAGUGUGUAUUACCGGUAGAGUGCCCUACUUUCCCAGAAGUUAUUUAAAAAUAGUAGAAUGCUUCAGUAAAUUGAUAGAACCAUGUAAUCGGGAAGAAGACACCAAUGAUUUUCAUAUUGAGAGAUGGAUGAGGGUGUUCACCAUAUUCACUGAUAAGAUCAAUGACAAGAAACGCACCUACUGCGUGAUCGGUGCCGGAACUGCGGGACUAUGCGCGGCUCGACAUGCUCUCCAGGCCGGCGGCGAGGUGACCGUUUUUGAAAUGGCCAAUCAGUUGGGAGGUACGUGGGUGUUCAACGAAGAGGUGGACAAGAACGAAUACGGCAUCGAUGUUCACUCGAGUAUGUACAAGGGCUUGAAGACCAACUUGCCGAAGGAAAUAAUGGGUUAUCCGGAUUUUCCCAUACCGGAACAGGAGAGCAGCUACAUUCCAGCGGAGGACAUGCUGAAAUUUUUCAAAUAUUUUUCGGACUUUUUCGGAAUUACGGAAUGCAUCAAGUUUAGUCAUUACGUGAUACGGGUGAAACCCACGAAAGACGAGAAACAAUGGGAGGUAAUUGUUCGGGAUUGUCCGAAUGAUGAGUUCAAGACGUACUACUUCGACUACGUGUUGGUGUGCAAUGGGCAUUACCAUACCCCAAAGUUGCCUAAUUAUCCUGGAUUAAAUAUAUAUAAAGGGAAACAAAUGCACAGUCAUGAUUAUCGUUGCAACGACCCAUUUGUUGGUGAAACCGUGCUAGUAAUUGGAGCAGGUCCUUCUGGUAUGGAUCUCGCGUACGAGAUCUCCAAGAAGGCCGAACGAGUUACCCUGAGUCACCAUCUCAAGGACAAACCCAAAACUACUUUCCCGGAUAACGUAACGCUGAAAAACGAUGUCGCUCGUUUGACCGAAACUGGUGUUGUAUUCACGGACGGCACAUCGCAGGACUUUAGCGUAAUUUGCUACAGCACCGGGUACAAAUACACCUUCCCGUUCCUGAGUUGUGACUGUGGUAUUGUCGUGGAAGACAACUAUGUCCAGAAACUCUACAAACACUGUAUCAACAUUCGUUAUCCGACGAUGGCGUUCAUUGGAUUGCCCUACUACGUAUGUGCUGCGCAGAUGAUGGACCUGCAGGCUCGAUUCUGUAUCAAGUUCUUCAGUGGAGAAAAAGAACUUCCGUCGCAAGAAGAAAUGGAAGUAGACACCAACACUGAGAUGGAGGAACGCUGGCGUAGAGGCAUGAAGAAGCGUCAAGCUCACAUGAUGGGACCGCAAGAGGAUCGGUACUACGAUGAUUUGGCCAAGACAGCUGGCGUGGAUCCCAUCAAGCCGGUCAUCAAGAAGCUACACAAACUCUGUGCGUUCCGGUUCAGUGAGGAUUUGGUCAAUUUCCGCAAAGAUAUAUUCAGAAUAGUUGACGAUGAGACUUAUGUGAAAGUUAAUUGAAGUGAUAUUUUUAGGAUAAAAUCGUAAGUCUAAUUGUAAAUAGCUAUAGUCGGUUAGGUUUUUAUACUUAGUUGAAUAAAACAUUAUAUCGUAAGAGCGGUAGAUUGAGGAAUCUCUUCAUGCUUCGUAAUUGAAUACUAAUAAAGCUACUUGAAUUAUGAACAUCAAAAA